AUGAGCGAGCAUGAGGAGCGCAGGCGGCAGCCAGGAGCAGCGGCCGCGGCCCGCGGGGCCCUCUCGGGCUUCUUUGUGAGGGAGGCGCUGCUGGCCCGCUGCAGCCCCCCGGGAAUCGCCCGCCCGCGCCCCGACCGCCUCCCGGAGGAGACGAGGCCGGAGAAGGCUCCUCGCUGCGGCUUCCGGAAGAGGAAGGACACGGUGGUCCACCAGAGAGCAUUCAUGGGAGAGAGGCCGUACAUCUGCAUCGAGUGCGGGCAAAGCUUCAACCGCAGCUCGGACCUCAUCCGGCACCAGCGCAUCCACACGGGCGAGAAGCCCUACGUGUGCGCCGACUGCGGCAAGAGCUUCAGCCGCCGCUCGCACCUCGUCCAGCACCAGCGCGUCCACACGGGCGAGCGGCCCUACCAGUGCAAGGACUGCGGGAAGAGCUUCAGCCAGAGCACACACCUGGUGCAGCACCAGCGCAACCACACUGGCGAGAGGCCCUAUGUGUGCGCCAAGUGCGGGAGGAACUUCUACCAGAACUCGGGCCUGCUCCGCCACGCCAACUUCCACACGGGCGAGAAGCCCUACAAGUGCCCCCAGUGUGGCAAGCGCUUCAGCGACAGCUCCAACCUCAUUGCCCACCAGCGUCUGCACACUGGGGAGAAGCCCUACAAGUGUGCUGACUGCAACAAAUGCUUCAGCGAGAGCUCCAAGCUGGUCAUCCACCGGCGCAUCCACACUGGCGAGAAGCCUUACUUGUGCCCUGACUGCGGGAAGAGUUUCAGCCAGCGCUCACACCUCGUCCAGCACCGCCGCACUCACACUGGCGAGAAGCCCUACAAAUGUGUGGAGUGUGGGACCUGCUUCAGUGACAACUACCCUCAUCCGUCACCGUCGCACCCACACUGGGGAGAAACCUUUCAAGUGUUCCCAGUGUGGGAAGAGCUUCAGUCGCAACUCCUAUUUAGUCUCACACCAGCGAGUACAUGUGUGGUAGGCAAUAGCAUAGUUGUGGGCUGUGGAUCUUCUGGGAUGCGGAUCCCGAUCCAGGCCUGUUCAAAAUGGGAGCAGCAGUAGAGGUGAGGCCACAUCUGUACCAAGGGUACCAGGCCCAGUGCCCCUAGUUUCGUCCAGGCAGUGAGCCAGAACAAGAGCGCUGGUCUAUGUUGCCACUUUCAGCCACCUCCUUCUCUCAGUGCACUUCAGGCUUAGGCAGAAGAUGGGCAGUCGUUCUGGAUUCCAGGGUCCUGCCAUGCUUUUUUCCCCAAGUACUGUGCUUGCAUUUUUUUCUGCCACAUGAUCAAAGUGCAGGCAUUCCCCUCCACCUUCCCGUGACAGGUGCUUGGAGAAAAUGUGCAACAUGAGAAGCUGCUUGCACGUGCCCAUUCGGUGACCAAACAGCAAAUGUCAGGCGAGAUGCCUGGUUCUUGGUUAUGUGUGGCCAUGUCAAGGGAAAAAGGAUGGUCCUUGAAUGUUUCCUUAAGGAGCACACCUAGCUGAAGCGCCGUGGCCUGUAUAAUACUGCACAGGUUUAUGGAAGCUCACCACAGCCGUCUUGUGAUCCAGCUGUGGGGGCCAGGAUGGCCAAAGCUAAAUAAGCCCUGCAUCAUGCACACACAGUGCGUGGGGCAGCUUGGAGCACAGGCAAAGGUCUCCUGAGUCUGCUUGCAAAAGGGAAGUGCAGACGCAACCUGAGGGAAGGAAGGAAUGCAUUCGAAAGGCUGCUGCAAAUGCUGCUGGGGUAGUAGGAACAGCAUGGGGACAGAGCUUAUUAUGGAAACAGUGUGAUGGGGACAAAGCUUAUUAUGGAAAUCUUGAAACUGGUGGGUAACUGAUACAGGCAACUGUCUAACCUGGAGGUUAAAAAUAGAAAAGAAGAAUUACACUUGCUGCUGCUAAGGCCGUGGUACACAACUUGGGGGGUACAGUUUGCUUGCAAGUUUGUGCUGGUGUGGCCUUCUCGUUCUGCGGAGUUGAGAUUCAUACGUAUGGCCCAAGUUGCCUGGUCCAACCUCCGUUGUAAAAUGGGACAGAGCAAGAGCAUAUGGAGGAUGACUUGAUUCCGUACCAGUAUUCCCUACAUCCUGUUUUGAUCAGUGUAUAUGUGUGCGUGUGUAAAUAACAUCUAUAUGUUUGUAUUCACAUAUGUAUGGACUUGCUUUUAUAGAAGUGUAUCUGCACACUCACACACCUUGGAAGUGGUCAAGAGGGCCAGUUGUAUGACACUAUACCAUAUCAGUACUGCUGAAGGCAUUAAACAUACUGUGUAUAGCAGCACUUCUCAGUAAGAAGCUGCAAGAGAUAUGUUUGUAUCAAAAUAUUUAAAAAUUCAUAUCGGGAUAUUCAGUUUUGUUCUGAUUCCUUUGUGUAUAUGAUCUGGAGUUGUUCUUAUAAAUGUGUACCCACACAACGUUGUGGCACCUCUGGUAGUAAGGAAUGACUUCUAAACGGCACUCAGAGCUCUCCACCUCAGUUUACAUACAUGCAUAUAAACUGCAGUUGAAGGAUAUAUCCCACUCAUUCAGGUUUUAAUGAGAAGGAAUUUCAAUGCAACACUUUAAUUUUUUUUUGACUAUUUUACUGGUAUUUAUUUUAGUGAUGAUACCUGACUAGUGUGCUUGUCCAAUAUUGUUGGAGCUUAAGAAAGAUUUCUAGUUUUGUCAUAUAUUUCACUGGUCCUGCAGCUGGCUUCAUGGCUUCAGCAGUCUUCAGAACAGAGCAAUACAAAAUGAAGCCCCCAUACUGGGACUAGAGUGAGGAAAAGUCUAAGGAAAUGAAGAUGCAAAGGAGAUCCAGAGAUUUGAGCAACUGCUGGCAGGGAUGCUUGUAAAUGGCCUGUUCUGUAGCUAGUUCUGCACAACUCAUUACACUCCAAGGGACUGGUUUCCUUUCUGCAAGUUGUUUCUUGACACUCAACUGCUGAUAAAAAUACUUUCAUAUUAAAAAUAAAUUAAUAUUAAAAAUAAAUCUUUAGGGGGAGCAUGUUUGCAGCUCCUAAAGGAACAAGGCACCUUUGUGUGCAGCUGCUCAGGGAAAUAGAAGGAGUUUUCUGAAAUGGGGUGGAAUUUGUACAGGAAUCAAAGCCUUCCUUUGGAAAUGGCAUUCUUCAUUUUACUUUUUUUUUUGUUUGCUGUCCUCCCUACUCCUACCCCCCAUUCCUCCCUAAGGGAUGGCCUUAAAAUGUUCUCCUCCUGGUUUCUAACUUUCUUCUGGAAAGUGCUUUGGAAAUGUGUCUAAUGGUCAUCUAGAGGUCCAGCUGCAGAACUGAACCUCUUGUAUAGUCCUGACCCAUUCCAGUUUAAGUUUCCUGAAGGAAAUCUAGAGCACUACAAAUGUCUGUUUGGCUAGAAAGGAUUGUUGGCCCGAGAAAGUCAUCCAGUGAACGCAUCUUUUCUUUGGGGAGUACAAAUGACAUAUGAAUUACAUAUGCCCUCAAUUACAUGUGAAACACUGUAGCAGAUAAAGGGAAUCACAUCUGGGUCUGCACAUGAGCUCACAAGGGAAAUCCUCACAUCAAGAUUUUUGUUUGAGAAUCAAACUACCUUUGAAUACUUGAUAACAGUCUUCAGAGCAUCUCUUUUCCUUCAGUGUGCUUUGGCAAGUGCUGUAUGCUCUAAAGAGUGCUCUAUAGAUUAGAACUAUCGAUGUGAGUUUAUUUCUAAGUUCUCUAUGAACCUAUGUAAAACUGUAUGCCCAAUCAAGGUGGCCUUAGGCUUCACAGCACAUUGCCAAUGCAGUAGUCUUAGCUAGGAUUUGACUGCACUGUCUCUGGAUUUCCUUUUCACAGCCAGUGUUAGUUUUCCCUCUUCACUGUCACUUGACUGAAAACAUUCACUUCCCCCAGACACUUCUCUUUUCCCUGUUUGUGACCAUCUAGCUUUCUUUGCUGUUGCAAAAGGUAUGUAAGGUAUAUUCCCUUCCUUCCAAGAAUUUAAUCACUUUGUAGGUAGCACAAACUCCCAAGCCAAAUCAAGAAGAUUGAGACAUGGGCAUGUACAAGAGGUCAAGAACCGCAAGGUUGGCUUCUACAGCAGCUUGCACCUCUACUGGUUGUUUUUCACCUCAGGACUGUAGUGAGAGACUACUGGAGAGGGGAAAAAAAAAAAAAAAAAAAAAAAAA